AUGAGUUACGACUCCGAUAUCCACUCGCCCAACCACAUGAUGGUCGACUCCCAGGACGAGAUGGUCGUCCAACCCACCCAGGAUGGCAACGAUCCAGUUGCCAUCAUCGAACCCGACCAGCUCGACAAUGACGCCGAUCCGCUCGAGAACCAGCCGUUGGCUACCGACUUCGAGGCUAUGAAAGAGAUCGUCUUGCCCCCGCUCCUGGAGGAACCCAGAAUCCUAGAAGAUGUCGUCGACACAUGGACCGUCGAAAAAUGGAGGAGUCUCCCUAAGAAGGAGCACGGCCCUGUGUUCUACGCUGGAGGAUUUCCUUGGCGCAUCCUCCUCUUCCCCUUUGGCAACAAUGUCGACCAGUCGUCCGUAUAUUUAGAGCACGGCUUCGAGGAUGCUAACAGCAUCCCCGACGAUUGGAGCUGCUGCGUGCAGUUUGGACUGGUCAUGUGGAAUAGAACAGACCCUUCGCUGUUCUGCCAUCACACUGCCCACCAUCGUUUCACCAAGGAGGAAAGCGACUGGGGCUUCACACGGUUCCUCGAGCUCCGAAAGAUGUUCCAACCGAGCUGGGAGAAUUCUGACCGCCCACUCGUUGAGAACGAAUCCUGCAACAUCACUGCCUACGUCCGAAUCGUAGAGGACGAGACAGGAGUCAUGUGGCACAAUUUCCAAAACUAUGAUUCCAAGAAGGAGACCGGCUACGUUGGCCUGAAGAAUCAGGGUGCCACCUGCUACCUGAACUCCCUUCUCCAAUCGCUGUACUUUACCAACGCGUUUCGGAAGGCUGUUUAUCAAAUCCCUACUGCCGAAGAUGAGAGUGUCAACAACAGCGCUUACACGCUCCAGAGACUUUUUUAUCAGCUACAGAUAUCGAAUCUCGCGGUAGGCACGAAUGAACUCACGCGAUCUUUCGGUUGGGACAGCAGACAUGUCUUCGAGCAGCAGGACGUUCAAGAGUUGUCUCGUAAGCUUAUCGAGCGCAUGGAAGAGAGGAUGAAGGGCACCGCCGCUGAAGAUGCUCUUCCCCGCAUGCUCAGCGGCAAGGUCAAGACCUAUGUCUCAUGCAUCGACGUCGAUUACGAAUCCAGCCGAAUUGAGGAUUUCUGGGAUAUCCAGCUCAACGUUCGAGGCAUCCCUAACCUCCAAGAGAGUUUCAAGGAUUACAUCCAACAGGAGACGCUUGACGGCGACAACAAGUAUUGGGCGGGCGACGACCACAAGUACCAGGAUGCUCGCAAAGGGGUGAUCUUCACAAGUUUCCCCGAGGUGUUGCAUCUGCACCUGAAGCGCUUUGAGUACGACAUUCAGCACGAUACAAUGAUGAAGAUCAAUGAUCGUUUCGAGUUUCCCGAAACCUUGGACCUGGAGCCGUUCCUCGAGAAGGGUGCGGACAACUCAGAGCCGUGGACAUACAAGCUCCACGGCGUUUUGGUGCACCAAGGAGACCUUAACGCCGGUCAUUACUACGCAUUCCUCAAGCCGAGCAAGGACGGCUGGUUCUACAAGUUCGACGAUGACAAAGUCACCAAGGCGACCAUGAGGGAAACCCUUGAGGAAAACUUUGGUGGAGAGUACAAGUCUUCGCUCAUGCAAUCUCGAUCAGCAUUUUCGAAGAAGCCGCUCAUGCGACAAAUGAACGCGUACAUGCUGGUAUAUAUACGAUCAUCGCGGCUGAAUCAAGUUUUGACUGAGGUCGACCAGGACGAUUGCCCGGAACACCUUCAGAAGCGGUUAGAUGAUGAAGCGGCCGCCAAAGAGGCGAAGAGAAAGGAGCGAGAAGAACAGCAUCUUUUUCUCCCUGUCAAGGUCAUCACCGAGCAAACUUUCAAGCACCACGCAUCUACCGAUCUCACCAAUUUCGACACAAACCCUGCAGAAGAUCCUGCAGCAGCCAGAUUCUACAAGAUGAAGAAGCAAGCCACCAUGGCCGAGCUGGUAGAAACAGUUGCGAAGGACCUCAAUCAAGAACCUAGAGAGGUUCGACUGUGGAUCAUGGUGAAUCGCCAGAACAAGACGACCCGCCCCGACCAGCCCAUAAUGGAUUUGAGACCAACGAUCGAAGAGACGUAUUCACGGUCAGCCGGCACGAGCCGCGAUUAUGCCUUGCGUGUCUGGGCUGAAGUUGCAGAUGAGACCGACGAGCAGGGCAAUGCGGUCUGGCCAACGUAUACGAGCAAUGCCAACGGCGUCGUGAUAAAAAACGACCUCAUUCUCCUGUUCCUGAAGUACUUCGACAUUGAGCAACAGACCCUCGAAGGCGUUGGCCAUCUCUACGUCAGCAAGGAGAAGAAAGUUGAGGAGCUUGUGCCUAUCAUCUCCAAGAAAAUGGGCUGGGGUGACAAACUACCCGCGGGCGAGCAGCUGGCAAUGUGGGAGGAGAUCAAGCCGUCCAUGAUCGAGGGCCUCAAGGCGAAACAGACACUCAAGGCAGCCGAGCUGCAGGAUGGUGAUAUCAUAUGCUUCCAGAAACUGCCAGAAAGAAAGUCAUCUGGCGAGAUCCUAGGCAAGACCCUCCGCCUUGGAGAUAAGAACUCCGAGGAGAGUCUCAAGCGAUGGGAUCGAUUUGAUGAUGCGAAAGCAUUCUACGACUUUCUUUGUCACAAGCGGCAAAUCCGAUUCGAACCACACCCUCGCAGUGAUAAGGUCGAUAUGGAGGGAUUCGAGUUGGUCCUUAGUACGAAAGCUACCUAUGAUCAACUCUCGGAGCGUGUUGGUGAGCACCUAAAGGUAGACCCGACCCAUAUCCGCUUCUUCACGGCCAAUGCCUCGACUGGGGCUCCAAAGGCACCAGUGAGACGAGCAGGCAAUCCGACACUUGGGCAGAUUCUCAACCCGAGCUCAUACACGAGCCAAAAUCCGCAGACGAAGUCGAACGCACUUUUCUUUGAGGUUCUGGACAUGAGCCUGGCAGAACUGGACACUAAAAAGAGCGUGAAAGUGACUUGGUUGAGCGAAGGGAUCACGAAAGAGGAUACCUUUGAUGUGCUGGUUAACAAACAGGGCCAUAUCGAGGACCUUAUUGAGGCAUUCGCAAAGAAGGCCGGCAUCAAAGACGAGCGGGAAGGCGGGCGGAUACGGAUUUACGAGAUCCAUAACCACAAGUUCUUCCGAGAACUUGUGCCCAACUACCCCGUCCUUAGCAUUAACGACUAUGCAGACGUCAUUGCUGAGAGAGUGCCAGAGGAGGAAUUGGGCGCUGACGGGCGUAACUUCAUCAAAGUUAUCCACUUUCAGAGCGAUCCCGCUCGUGCGCAUGGGAUUCCGUUCAAGUUUCUUCUCAAGGAGGGUGAGCCGUUCUCCGAAACGAAGAAGCGCCUCGAGAAGAGAACAGGAAUCAAGGGCAAGGCAUUCGAGAAGAUCAGGUUCGCGAUCUUGCGACGAUAUGACAAGCCGUCUUACCUCACCGAUGAGAGUGUACUCUUCGAGGAGGGGGGCAACUUGGAAGAGGAAGCAUCGCUCGGCCUGGAUCACCUGGACCGCACCAGGACGACGCGCAACGGUGGAGAGAUGUUCCUGAAGUGA